AUGUUUAGACAAGGAAAAGUGGGUCCAUUCGCUCUCAAGUUAAAAUCAUCAUCCAGUAGAAGAUUCUAUUCUAAUCAAUUUGAUAAGAAUGAUGAAAUUACUUAUUCACUCUAUGAACAAGGAAUUAAAAUCAAACAUUGGACUUGCCUUCCAGCUAAUCGGAGUAUUCCAUUUGCUGAGAUAAAGGAAAUUGUCAUUCCAAAUUAUAGUGCACGAAGUAAUAAUUCAUAUUUGUGUGCGAUAGCAAAGUAUGAUAGGGAGAUUUAUGAGGUGAGAACUCGAUUGAAUGAAAUUUAUUCACUUUCACCAAGAACAUGUUUGGAAUUACCUCAAUUUAGCAAGUGGUAUAAGAUUUUUACAGAACGCCAAAUUCCAAUUUAUGAUCAAGGAUCUGAUUGCAUUUGGAAAGAUAUUAACAAACCAUUUCUUUUUGAUAAAAAGGUCACAAUAAGUGAAAAUAUUGAAUUAUUACAUGAGCAUUACAAAAUUCCAAAACAAGAAUUGAAAGAAUUAUAUGAAAAAAUUGAAAAUCCAAUGAAUGAGUAUGUGAAAUUGAAUAUUGAGAAGUUCUGCACUCCCCUCUAUUCAGAUCUUUACAUAAAAAAGGAAUGGAUUGAGUUGGGAUUUUCAGAUACAUUGGCAGCCAUGCAAAGUUCAGAAUUUAAUCAAUUUGCUAUUGAGUUUACUCUUAAAUAUGAGGAUAGAUCAAAUUGGAAGAUUGUAAAUGGUGUUAAUGUUUUAUAA